GACCCCGGCUCGCGGGGCACGGGGCGCGGUGCCAGCGUCGGGACGGUGGGGGAGUUCUUCUUGAACGACUUCCCGGUCUUUGCCAAAAGUUAAACCCACAGCGGUGAUUGUGGGUCUCUCAUGGCUGUAACGGUGUUGAGGGCGCUGUGCGGACUGGUUGAAUAGCGGUCAUCUUUUACAGCCCUCUUUCAGUCUCACAUGGCAACGAAAACAACUUGUAUGUCUUCACAAGGAUCUGAUGAUGAACAGAGAAAAAGAGAAAAUGUUCGUUCCUUGACUAUGUCUGGCCAUGUUGGUUUUGAGAGUUUGCCUGAUCAGCUGGUGAACAGAUCCAUUCAGCAAGGUUUCUGCUUUAAUAUUCUCUGUGUGGGGGAAACUGGAAUUGGAAAAUCAACACUGAUUGACACAUUGUUUAAUACUAAUUUUGAAGACUAUGAAUCCUCACAUUUUUGCCCAAAUGUUAAACUUAAAGCUCAGACAUAUGAACUCCAGGAAAGUAAUGUUCGAUUGAAAUUGACCAUUGUGAAUACAGUGGGAUUUGGUGACCAAAUAAAUAAAGAAGAGAGCUACCAACCAAUAGUUGACUACAUAGAUGCUCAGUUUGAGGCCUAUCUCCAAGAAGAGCUGAAGAUUAAGCGUUCUCUCUUUAGCUACCAUGAUUCUCGCAUCCAUGUGUGCCUCUACUUCAUUUCACCGACAGGCCACUCUCUGAAGACACUUGAUCUUUUAACCAUGAAGAACCUUGACAGCAAGGUAAACAUUAUACCAGUGAUUGCCAAAGCAGAUACGGUUUCUAAAACUGAAUUACAGAAGUUUAAGAUCAAGCUCAUGAGUGAAUUGGUCAGCAAUGGCGUCCAGAUAUACCAGUUCCCAACGGAUGAUGACACUAUCGCUAAGGUCAAUGCUGCGAUGAAUGGACAGUUGCCAUUUGCUGUUGUGGGAAGUAUGGAUGAGGUGAAAGUUGGAAACAAGAUGGUCAAAGCUCGCCAGUACCCUUGGGGUGUUGUACAAGUGGAAAAUGAAAACCACUGUGACUUUGUAAAGCUGCGGGAAAUGCUCAUUUGUACAAACAUGGAGGACCUGCGAGAGCAGACCCAUACCAGGCACUAUGAGCUUUACAGGCGCUGCAAACUGGAGGAAAUGGGCUUUACAGAUGUGGGCCCAGAAAACAAGCCGGUCAGUCUUCAAGAGACCUAUGAAGCCAAAAGACAUGAGUUCCAUGGUGAACGUCAGAGGAAGGAAGAAGAAAUGAAGCAGAUGUUUGUGCAACGAGUAAAGGAGAAAGAAGCCAUAUUGAAAGAAGCUGAGAGAGAGCUACAGGCCAAAUUUGAGCACCUUAAGAGACUUCACCAAGAAGAGAGAAUGAAACUUGAAGAAAAGAGAAGACUUUUGGAAGAAGAAAUAAUUGCUUUCUCUAAAAAGAAAGCUACCUCCGAGAUAUUUCACAGCCAGUCCUUUCUGGCAACAGGCAGCAACCUGAGGAAGGACAAGGACCGUAAGAACUCCAAUUUUUUGUAAAACAGAAGUUCCAGAGCACAGAAGGUCAUCAUCACAAGCAAACUUUAUUAAAAAAAAACUAGAAGUGUGCUUUGAUUUUGCUGUUUUUAUUUGUUUUAUCACUUCUAUAUUUGGUGAACGGCUACAGUUACUGAUAUUUAUGGAAAAGUACUUUCAAGUACAAGGUCAAUACAUAAGCCAGAGUGAAUGAUACUACAAGUUGAGCAUCUCUAAUUCAAAAAUCUGAAAUCCAGAAGCUUCAAAAUCUGAAUCUUUCUGAGCACUGACUUGACCCCACAAGUGGAAAAUUCCCCACCUGACACCUUUGCUUUCUGAUGGUUCAGUUUAAACGGAUUUUGUUUCUUGCACAAAAUUAUUAAAAAUGUUAUAUAAAUUACUUUCAGGCUAUAUGUAUAAGGUGGAUGUGAAACCUGAAUUAUGUAAUUAGUCAGGUCCCAUUGUAUAUAUGCAGAUAUUCCAGAAUCUGAAAUCCAAAACACUUCUGGUCCCUAGCAUUUUGGAUAAGGGAUACUCAGCUUGUACCUACAUAUUCAUAUAUAUUCACUGUUGUUAGAAAUUUUUAAGUUGCUGUUUUGUGAUGAAUCUAAAUCUUUUGUCUUGCUACCAAGCUAUUGUCACUGCAGUGCAUUAUACCAAAGAGCAAAGUUUCAGUGCCAUUGAAAAUACAGAACCCAUUAAUAUCGUGACUAUAUGAUUGCAUUUAUAUUCCAAGGUGAACCUUUUUUAUACUAAAAAUUUUGGGGAAUAUGUUUUGGGAUGUAUUAUAGAGCUGAAACUCUAACCUCUUAAUAGUUUUAUAGAACUUAAAAAUUUUUGAUACAGUUACCCAAUUGGUGAUAUGAUCUUAAGCUUUUAUGUCAAAUUAUUUAAUAUGACUUCAUGCUUUAUUAUGCCUUAUUAUGGCUGAUGUAUUACUGUGGUGGAACAAAAUAUCUUUAAAAGUUAAAAUAUCCAAAUAUAUAAACUCUUUUUUCCUAAUGAUAAAGUACCUUUGAGUAUGAGUGUAUCACAGCUUUUAUUAGGAAAACUUUUCAUUACAUGCUUGUUUAAACUCUGUCUUCCAGGGGAAAAAUAAUAAGGUUGAAUCAUUUUAUUAAAAAUACAUUUUGAGAAAAUAACUAGGAACAUCUGAAUAUUAAAGAUAUGAAAAUGCACAUAAUUCAUAUUUCAGGUGGUAUUUGCAUUCAGUGCCUUACUAGUAUUCUCAGAACAUUUUAAUGAUUUCUAACAUUUCUUAACAGUCAUAGAUAUAUAAAUUUUCAUUUUUUGUACUUGAGUAUUCUAAAUAAAACUGACAUUUACUCUUGACAAAUAAAACAUAUAUAUUUACUAAAAUGUGUUUAAUUUUCCUUUUCGAAAACUGUCAUUUUCAAAACAUUCAUUUAAUUACUCAUUUGAAUUAUUUUGGAGAUGAGGUAUUUUAUGAGUAUUUUCAGACAAUAAAACUUAUUAGUCUGUGUCAGAUUCUGAGCAAUCAUAAAGUCAUCCAAGUUGUAAAUAAAACCUUGCAUA